CUUUCCUUGUGUCUGUAAACCUGUAAACCAGGUGAACCUUGCACAUUGGAGAAAUUUUAUUCCUGUUUGUGAGGAAACAUGUCCAUUUAUCAUUUUUAUUUUUACUUAUUUUUUUCUUCUUUAAGUCUGGUUUUCUCAGAUCACGAUUAUUACCAGUCCAGAGCUUGUUGUACUUUCAAAGGUCCAGACUAUGAAGAUAUUGAGUAUACCAUUAUGCUUAGUUUCAACAAGAACUUUAUGAUGGAGUUCAACAGCACAAGAGGCAACUGGACAGGAUUCACACCCUAUUCAAUGGAUGUUGCAAAACAUACCAAUAAUCCCAUUGAAAAAGCUAUAAGAGAAUUUGAAAAAAAAAUAUUGUGUCUGGACAACAGAAAUGCCAUCCGGACCAUUGUUAAUCAGACAGCUGCUCCCAUCAUUAAAAUGAAAUCUGUGAAGCAGUCUGCUGGAGGUCACCCAGCCAUGCUUGUGUGCAGCGCCUUCAACUUUUAUCCUAAACAAAUCCGAAUGACGUGGUUGCGUAACCAAAAGCAAGUGACUGCAGGUGUCAGUUACUCUGAGGUGAUGCCUGAUGGGGACUGGUUAUACCAGACUCAAUCUUACCUGGAGUACACCCCAGCUCAUGGAGAAAAAAUCACCUGUGUAGUUGAACACAUGAGUCUCCCUGAGCCAGCACUUGUGGUUUGGGACCCCUCCCUUCCUGUGGCAGAACGUAAUAAAAUUGUUAUUGGACUCUGUGGACUCUUGCUUGGUUUCGUUGCAGUGAUCUCUGGAUUGCUCUACUACAAGAAAACAUCUGCUUCGUACACUGUUUUCUGCCACAGGCGAGUGCUUGUUCCUGUGGAACAGCUACUUGCAGAGGGAGCAACUUAAGACUCUGAUCAAAUAUGUCUUACUGUUCAAGAUGAUCUGAACAUUGCAGUUCUGUGUGUCUCAGGUUUUGGUGUGGUCACUUUUAGGUUACUGUUUGGGGUGUUGGGUGGGGCUUUACAGCUUGAGCCUAUAAGCCAUUAAACAGUGCGGAUUUCUAAUAUACAAUGUAUUUUACAGCAUACAUGCUGGAGCUGUUUCAAGUUUGUCAGCAUCCGGUUACAAACUCCUCUGCCUAAAAGGAAGCAACCAACAUUGUCCCCUUUAUGCUUGUACCAAGAACAGGAAACUUUUUUUAGUUACAGAUUGGGAAGGUGAAUUUAAGUAACAAAAAGAUAUCCUCGGUAUGCUGAACAUGCGUCAUAGUACAGGUUCCCGAUACUUUUCCUGGUAAAGAAAACAAACAAAAAUAUAAGUAAACUUAAAUUUAGGGUUUUGUUAGUGCAGCUUGGCUCUCGGCAUGUUAAUAUUUUGUCCCGUGGCUCAUUUUAGACUUUUAAGUAAUUGACACAUGACACAAUAAACAGGUUUUGUAGCGCUCA